AUGCUUUCUAAGGAUUUCACUGAGCGCAUCAGCUACCCAUCUUCAAGCUAUCAGCUCAAGGAGAUCACCAUGGCUAAGGUCAUGAUCUACAAGCGUGAUCACAUUCUCGGCGAUAACAUCGAGAUCCCAGAGAGCAUCAAGAAGAACAAGUUCAUCAUCGAUUUCCCUAGGACUAACAACACGUGUGUAUUCUUCUGCAUUGCUUACCACUUGGAGGAGAGCGCACGUCCUGAUCGAAUGAUGGCAUCGGUUAAGGAUCGUGUCGAAGCGUACUGUACGUUCAAGAGUGUCAAGUACUCAGCCAAGUACUUCAAGGAGAUGCAGCCAAUUGAUAUCAAGGAGUUCGACCAGCUCGAAGACUGCUUCCAGCUAGCAAUCAACGUGUUUGAAAUGGAUCAGAACACUCUUGAGAUCAGCAAGCUACGCGAGUCGGAGAAGGCGUACGAAAAUAUUAUCAACAUUCUCGACUACAAGGGACAUGCCAUGUACAUCAAGAACAUCGAUACCGUUCUUUCAAAGUAUCCAUGCAACGUAUGCGAUGCUAUCUUUGACACUUAUGACAAGCUCUGGAACCACAAGAAGAUCGAGGUUAUCGAGGCUUUCCCUUCAUCUCCCAGCUGGAACAAGCUAUGA